AUGGCGAAACGAGACCUCACCUCGUUCAUCGAGUUUCAAACCAAUCUCUCAUCAGGGUCGUCAUUUCAAACCAAGAAACAAAAAUUAACUCCAACAUGGACAAAUGAUGAUGGAAAUAUUCGGAUGAUCCUUGUUGAUUUUUCAACUUGUUUAUUUCAUCAUGAUGAUGAAAAUUAUGAACACACUCGGAAUGAAGAAUUGUUAUUGAAAAAGAAAUUCUCAUGGCAACAAGAAGGCAAAAAGAAAUGGCUUUUGAACCGGGAAUUGCAAUAUUAUAACUUCUUUCCAGUCGAAUUUAUGAAUGAUCGUGAAUUUGUGUUGAAUCAUAUCAAAAAGUAUGGAUAUGGACUGAAAUUUGCAUCCACACAAUUAAAACGAGAUCGAGAAUUUGUUUUGAAAGUGGUUCAACAAAAAGGUUCAGAGUUACAGUAUUCCUAUGAAGAUAUUCGCAACGAUAAAGAAGUGGUAUUGACAGCCACAAAGGAAAAUGGUGUAUCAUUUAGAUGUGCUUCAUUAGCGCUUCAAAAUGACAGGGAAUUUGUGUUGGAAGUUGUGAGACAGAAUGGAAUGGCUCUUCUGUGGCACCAUAAAUUUGAAAAGGACAAAGAAGUUGUGCUCACUGCUGUCAAACAAAAUGGAACUGCAUUGGCAUCGAUCAUCUACGACAGAUCACAAAAUUCAAAUUGGUAUGAAACCAUUGCAUUGGAGGCAAUCAAACAAGAUAAGAAGGCACUUCAAUAUGUUUCAGAAGAAUUCCUUCACAAUCAAGAUUUCAUGUUACAAGUUCUCAAAUUAAUAUUUCCAGAAGAAGUAGUUCAAGAAUUUGGAUUUUUACUUGAAUUUGUGUCAAGUGAACUCAAACAUGAUCGAGAUGUUGUUUUGAAUGCAGUUAAAAAUGAUGGUAUUUCACUUCGAUUUGCAUCAGAAACUUUGAGAAAUGACAAAGAAAUUGCAUUACUGGCUGUCAUGCAAGUUGGUUGGGCAUUAGAAUAUGUCUCUUCAGAUUUGAAAGGAGACAAAGAGGUUGUGUUGGCUGCUGUGAAUCAAAAUGGAUAUGCUCUUCAAUAUGCAUCAAAAGAGUUGAGGAAUGAUCGAGAAGUAGUCUUGACUUCAGUAACUCACGAUGGAUAUUCUUUGUGUUAUGCUUCAAAUGAGAUGAAGCAAGACAGACAAGUUGUGUUGACAGCUGUAAAACAAAGGUGUGAGGCCAUUGAAUUCGCAGAUGAUGAAUUGAAAAAAGACGAAGAAAUUGUGUUGGAAGCUGUCAGACGAGAUUUCAAUUGUUUUCAUUAUAUUUCAAGGAAAUUAUUUUGUGACCAAUCAUUCUUGUUGAAAGCAGCAAAAUUCUGUGGUAACACACUUCUACGAUAUACACCCAAAGAAAUUACAGAUGAUCAUGAAUUUAUGGUGAAACUUCGAGAAGAAAUCAAAAGACCUGGAUUUGCUUCAGAGUACAGUGACGAAUUAUAUCGUGAAAGAAUGGAAUACUUUUAUUAUGGAGUUUAUUUGGGAACGAUGUGUAGAAGGUAA